AUGCUGGAUUGCAUUGUUUUUGCUCUGACGGGUCCAAUAGGACUAUCGAACGCAUUAGUCGUAGGAGAGGAGAGAGGAAAGAGGAGAGACGGACGACGGAAGAGCGGGGACAUUAAGCGGCGGCAGAUUUUAACUCCAGCUACCACUCCUCUGGUUGACUUUCAGGUCUACGAACCCGUCCUCACACCAUCCGGCACGAGUGACCAGUAUGGAUGCAUUUAUACACAGACGCUCAUGAGCUAUGUCUUCUCCAACAGCUACGGCGCCCCAUUCGUUGGAGAAUACACGCCCCCACCAUGCAGCUUCAAUCGAGUCACCAUGAACUUCACCGUCACUUCUCAGGGUCGCCAGUUUGACAGGCUCGGACUGAUGUACCUGGGGGACACUGAGGUAUUUCGGACUUCCACUGCCGAGCCGACUGCCUCUGGCAUCCUCUGGACUUAUGUUAAAGAGAUGGAACAAUACAAUGCUUUGUGGGAGAAAGACCAGAAGGUCAUUUUCGAUCUGGGCAACAUUGUAAACAGUGAAUACACCGGACCUUACUAUACAACGUUGACCGCGACUUUCUUCACGAUUCCAGACUCCCAGCCUACUGCCGAUGUAAUCUUGCCUAUCUCGGCGGAGCUGUCUGCUGAGAACAUGGGCAGUGCAUUCUCAGUCCCAGGCGUAAACGCUUCUGUAUCCUAUACCUUACCUCAAAACAUCGAGAGGGCGGUCAUUUCUCUUUCGGCGUGUGGUCAGAGCACGGAGGAGUUCUGGUACACGAAUACUUUCAAUUCAGAAGUGGAUACCUUCGAGCCUACGGCUGGGACCUUGUAUGGCUUCUCGCCUUUCCGUGAAGUUCAGCUGCUCAUUGAUGGCCAAUUGGCAGGGGUUUCUUGGCCCUUUCCCAUCAUCUUUACCGGUGGCAUUGUUCCAGGGUUCUGGCGGCCAAUCGUGGGCAUUGACGCUUUUGAUCUUCGGCAACACGAGAUCGACGUCACUCCAUGGCUUCCUCUGCUGUGUGAUGGUGCCUCUCAUACUUUUGAGAUCAGGGUUGCCGGCCUCAAUGAUGAUGGAGCUGGCCACGCCACGCUCUCUGAAAUUGUUGGCACUUAUUGGGUUGUCACGGGGACAAUCUUCCUUUUCUUGGGACAGGAUGGAUCUGUGACGACAGGGACCUCACCAAGCAUUGAUACUCCUUUGCCGGAGAUCCAGAUCUCAUCGUCCGUUACCACCAAUUCGACAGGUGCUAACGAAACCUUGACCUAUUCUACCGCAGCCACCCGAGAUAUCUCCAUUACUUCUACCAUAAAGACUUCAAACGGCUCUCAGAAAGCAUCGUGGACCCAGAAUUUGUCCUAUUCCAAUUUUAACGCAUUGACGAAUCAGGGAUUUGUGCAGCUCACAGUCCAGAAUACUACCGGCUCGGACCUCUCAUCUAGUGGAUACGCCAAUACUUACAGCUACCCGUUAGAUGUCAACUCCUCUUUCUCAGUCGACGCGGCCGGCGAAGUAGGCAUCAAUGGCACCCUGACCCGAGGCCUCGACUACAAUGUCUAUGGACCUUCCGUUUUCCCCUCAGGCAUCCAAACCUUCAACAUCACAACCCCAAGCUCCUUCAGUGCAGAAGGCGCCUUGACCCACCAGAUCAUCCAGCUCUCCGCCAGUCUUCCCUUCUUCAGCGGCGCGCUUCUGUCCACCACCCAAGAGGGAAGUGCGGAGUACUUCUCCGGAGUCAACUCUUCCUACAGCUUCGGCACCACGACGCAGGACUUUGACUUCAAAGGCGCCGAGGUCAACACCCCGGACACGACCUAUGAGCUCUAUCACCGGCUCGUGAUGGCUGUGAAUUCCACCAUCACAGAAGACGAGCAGACGCUUGCGGGGCAGACGUUCGGGGUCCCGGUCGCGCAGGCGGGGGAGAACGUCCCGGCGCCUGCUUUUGAAGGGUUCAGUGUGAGAUCUUUGCUCGGGAGGGGACCGGGGCAGCCCAAGGCGGGGUUGAUGGGCGGGGGAGGUUCUGAGCAAGGAUAG